AACAUAGUCACACACACACAGAAGCCUCACAGUCUAUCCGAUGAAGAUCGCAAUCAUUGGACAGAGUCUCUUUGGCCUCGAGGUGUACAAGGAAGUCAAGAAGGCAGGACAUGAGAUUGUGGGGAUAUUCACAAUCCCUGACAAAGAUGGCAAAGAAGAUCCACUGGCCACAGAAGGUGUGAAGGACGGCACCCCAGUGUUUAAGUAUCCACGCUGGAGGCUGAAAGGGAAGGCAAUCCUAGAAGUGGUGAAUGAGUACCGAGCUUUGGGAGCAGAGUUGAACGUGCUGCCUUUCUGCUCCCAGUUUAUUCCGGUGGAAGUGAUUGACUUUCCCAAACAUGGAUCGAUCAUCUACCACCCAUCUCUGCUACCCAGGCACAGAGGGGCGUCUGCCAUCAACUGGACUCUGAUGCAUGGAGAUAAGAAGGGCGGCUUCUCUAUCUUCUGGGCAGAUGAGGGAUUGGAUACGGGUCCUGUCCUCUUGCAGAAGGAAUGUGAGGUCUAUCCUGACGACACGGUCAACACACUGUACAAACGAUUCCUGUUCCCCGAGGGCAUUAAAAGCAUGGGUGAGGCUGUGGAACUCAUCACUCAGGGGAAAGCUCCAAGGAUCAAGCAGCCGGAGGAGGGAGCGAGUUAUGAGGGAAUUCAGAAGAAGGAGAACGCAAAGAUUAACUGGGAUCAGCCGGCCGAGGCCAUUCAUAACUGGAUCCGAGGCAACGACAAAGUCCCUGGAGCCUGGUCGGAGGUCAAUGGACAUAAAUUGACAUUUUUCGGCUCAACCCUCUUCACCGGUGCCCUGCCUGAGGGCCAGGCCUUGGAGAUUGCUGGGGCUAACCAGCCGGCCUUGGUGGCCAAGAGUGGCCUGAUACUGUUCGGCAAAGAUGGUAAAAUGGUCUUGGUCAAAAGCCUCCAGUUUGAAGAUGGGAAAAUGAUUCCAGCCUCCAAGUAUUUUACUUCUUCAGAGAGCUCUUCAGUGGAGCUCACCGAGGAGGAGCUGAAAAUAAAACAGGAACUCAGAGUCGUCUGGAAGAGCAUCCUCUCGAACGUAGAACAAAUCGAAGAUUCCACUGACUUUUUCAAGUCGGGAGCUGCCUCUAUGGAUGUGAUCAGGUUGGUGGAGGAAAUCAAGCUGAGGUGUAAUGGUCUUCAGCUGCAGAACGAAGACGUCUACAUGGCCACCACGUUCGAGGAGUUCAUGCAGAUGCUCGUGAGGAAGCUGCGGGGAGAGGAUGAUGAAGAGGAGAUGGUUAUAGAUUACGCGCAGAUGGAUGUGAAUAACAUGACUAUUCGAAUGCCUCACCAGGCUUUCAUUAACGGUCAGUUCGUUAAUACUGAAGGAGACAAAGUAUACGACACUAUCAACCCAAGUGACGGAUCUGUUAUCUGCACGGUGUCCCUGGCCCAGGUGUCUGACGUGGACAAGGCUGUUGCUGCUGCAAAGGAGGCGUUUGAGAAUGGAGAGUGGGGAAAGAUGAACCCCCGAGACCGGGGCCGGUUAAUGUACAAGCUGGCUGAGCUGAUGGAGCAGCACCAGGAGGAGUUGGCCACCAUCGAGGCCGUGGACUCGGGGGCUGUUUACACCCUGGCUCUGAAAACCCACGUGGGGAUGUCUAUCCAGACCUUCCGCUAUUUUGCCGGCUGGUGUGACAAGAUUCAGGGCUCCACCAUCCCCAUCAACCAGGCACGACCAAACCGCAACUUGACCUUCACCAAACGGGAGCCCAUUGGGGUCUGUGGCAUCGUUAUCCCAUGGAACUACCCGCUCAUGAUGUUGGCGUGGAAGACGGCAGCCUGCCUUGCCGCCGGUAACACUGUGGUCCUGAAGCCAGCACAGGUAACACCCUUGACGGCUCUGAAAUUUUCCGAACUAACGGUGAAGGCCGGAUUCCCAAAGGGUGUUGUUAAUAUCUUACCAGGAGCAGGUUCGUUGAUCGGACAGAGAAUAGCCGAUCACCCGGACGUGAGAAAAGUUGGCUUCACUGGGUCUACGCCAAUUGGCAAACAGAUCAUGAAAAGCUGUGCAGUUAGUAAUGUGAAGAAGGUUUCCCUGGAGCUGGGGGGAAAAUCUCCACUCAAUUUCAGCGACUGCGACCUGGACAAGGCUGUGCGGCUGGGAAUGGGCGCUGUGUUCUUCAAUAAAGGGGAAAACUGCAUUGCCGCAGGAAGGCUCUUCAUCGAAGAAUCCAUCCACGAUCAGUUCCUCAGCAAAGUGACAGCGGAAGUGAAGAAGAUGAAGAUCGGGGACCCGCUGGACAGGUCCACAGACCACGGUCCCCAAAACCACAAAGCUCACCUGGACAAGCUGGUCCAGUACUGUGCCGCGGGGGUGAAGGAAGGAGCCACGUUAGUGUGCGGUGGGAAACAGGUCUCUAGACCAGGCUUUUUCUUUGAACCGACCGUGUUCACCAACGUGCAGGACAACAUGUUCAUCGCCACGGAGGAGUCCUUUGGGCCGGUCAUGAUCAUCUCCAAGUUCGCCAAUGGGGAUAUUGAUGGUGUGCUGAAACGGGCCAACGACACCGAGUUUGGUCUGGCUUCCGGGGUCUUCACCCGAGACAUCAACAAGGCUAUGUACGUGAGCGACAAACUGCACGCGGGAACCGUCUUCAUCAACACCUACAACAAGACGGACGUCGCUGCCCCUUUCGGGGGCUUCAAGCAGUCGGGAUUCGGCAAAGACCUGGGGCAAGAUGCUUUAAACGAGUAUCUCAGGACCAAAGCAGUUACCAUUGAAUAUUAACGAAGAAAAAGAUAUUACCGGAGUAACGGAGCAAAGUGAUAAUUUAAGACAUGCCAUCGCCGAAACCCAUCUCGAAUUGAUUUCACUUCAAAGUUAACAAUGAUCUGUUUUUAAUGGAAUUUUAAUUCAGUUUUCUGAUCUCAAGACUAUCGCGGGUAGUUGUUUGAUGUUUCAGCUGAUGCCGGUCGAUGGAAAGGUACCAAACUCAAGUGUUCAACAAUUUCCAAACUCCUGUUUAACCCCUUUCAUUGAUUUGUACCUCUUCAGAGAGUUUAACUGAAGGUGGAGAGGAGAGAAUUUUCUCUGUAUGCAUGGCUAUGUGAUCUUACAACCAGAGCUAUUUUGGUUGUUUCAAUGCACGACUGGAGCACAGAGCUGCAGUAUAGGGUGUUCACAAAGUCCAUGUUUAUCCCCCACCCCACCAGUUGUGCAUUGACCAACAACUGAAACAUGUAGAAGAAUGAUGAUCAUUGUAUUCAUAAGCACUUAAUUGUAUUCAGUACAAGUGUUUAACUGUAUUUAGACAUCCAGAGGAUCAGUGUGUGUGUGUGUGUGUGAGGACCGUGAUUUUUCAUGGUAGAUAAUGAACCGUUACCAUGUUCGUUGUGACAUGGAUGGAGUGAGGAGGUGAAAUGCAUCCCUCGGCAGCUUGUUUCAGUUCCUCUGGUGUCUCAUACCGCUGUUUUGUAACGAGGGGCUAAGAGGACUUUGUGGACACCCCUGGUACAGAGCUAGACUGUCGUCUCCACAUCGUGGCUUCAGUCAGAUCAGCUAACGGCACAGCCCAGGAUCACGAACUGGGUCUGAUCGUCUCCCGUGCUGAAGGUUUCUCUGAUUCUAUUGCCUGUUGCCGUGUUUAACAUGCCCAAUGGGAGCAGUCUGUUCGCUAAUAUCUCAUUUUUUAUAAGUAAUAAUCUCUUUAAAAAAUAGUAAUUUCAUAAUUUGGUCGCUCAAUCCACGACUGUUUGUGGGAUACUGCUGUGCGCCAUUACCUGUCACCUUUCUCCCACAAAUUACCCAGUCAGUUCACUUUACAGUAUAAUCAGCGAAGCGCUUUGAGAAGUCUCAACGACGUGAUAAGGCGCUAUAUCAAAUGCAAGGAUUAUUAUUAUUAUUAUUAUUAUAUCUGAGCGGUCUGGUGCUCUGUGUACUAAAUUGUUUAUACUUUCAAAACUAUUAAAGUGUUUGCUGGA